AUGGAUGGCACUUACCUCAGCGUGAAAGAGACCGGAGUGAAGGCAUCCCAGGAGAGGGCGAGUAGCAACCUCCCCAGCCCAAUGGACAAGACUGACUCAGAGAGCAACAAGGGCAAGAAGAGGCGGAACCGCACCACCUUCACCAGCUAUCAGCUGGAAGAGCUGGAAAAGGUCUUUCAGAAGACCCACUACCCAGAUGUCUAUGCCAGGGAGCAGUUAGCCAUGAGGACAGAUCUCACUGAAGCCCGAGUUCAGGUAAGAACUGAAACUACGGGGAGGAGUUCAGGAAAACCAGAAUGCCCUCAAGUCCCACCCCCCCUUUUUCUUUUACAUUUACUGCUGCUUAUAAUGUUUUAUGAUGGAAUUUUCUGAAAAUCUUGACGUUGAGCUUAUAUGCACAGAUUUUGUUUUAAUUCUUGUUUUGUUCUGCUAAGAAUAUGAAAAAUUCUUGCAUAAUACAGUGGUACCUUGGUACUCGAACGGCUUGGCUCCUGAACGCCGCAAACCUGGAAGUAAGUGUUCCGGUUUGCGAAUGUUUUUCGGAAGCUGUACAUCCGACUCAGCUUCCGCUUGAGUGCAAGAAGCUCCUGCAGCCAAUCAGAAGCCACGCCUUGGUUUUCGAACAGUUUCAGGAGUCGAACGGACUCCAGAAACGGAUUAAGUUUAAGAAGCAAGGUACUGUGCAUGCCAGGUUUGCUAAAGCAACCAGCGUAUAAACAGAUACAUACAACUAUGCAUGUGACUGUAUAAAAAUACAUAUGCAUUAAUUCUGAUAAAUGUAUGCUGUAUAAAUAUUGUACUGCAUGGGUCUUGAAUCUCUACAUCUUAUGUACAGUAUACAUAUUGGUUUGCAUAUAUAUAUUUCCAUAUAAUAUUGCAUAUAAUAUUGCAGGCUUUUUUGAAGAGACCCCAAAAUGCCCAAACUUGAACAAAAACAACGCUUGAUACAAGAGGUGGUCAUAUGCUGGCAAACCUCUGUUGAGUCAGAACCACCAAAUUCCCUUUAUAAAUCCAUUUAAGACACAUUCAUCCCUCAAUGACAAUGUCCUAACUGUUCUCAUGUGACUAGUGAACUAUGUAGCAACUUCUAGCCGUCUUGACUGAAUUUAGUUUUACUCUCCUUAACACUGUCUACUUAGCCUGUUAUCUGACAGAUUGCAGUUCCGGUGUUGGUGGAAAAAGAGAAAUAAAUAAAAGUGAGGUCAUGGCUCUACUCAUUAUACCAAACCUCUGGAUGGUUUCAAAUAGACUACAGUGGUACCUCGGGUUAAGAACUUAACCUAAGACUGAAUUUUGUGUGCUUCAACAACCCUACUUGGGAUUGGCCAAUUAAGAAAUGACCAAAGUGACUUCACCACCAUCUCCCACCCACCUCCAAGCAGUCUAGUAAAAUCAGACUGUUCAGAGCGUCGAAAGGUGCCUAUAGGCCCAGUGAGAUCAGAAAGAUAGUGUUGACCCUCUAUCGUUCCUAAUGAAAAUGAGGCCAGCACAAAAGUGAGGGACAAGGCCAGAGUGAUAGGGGUGGAGAAAGGAUUCAACACCAUUCAAGAGUGCCUGGUUUUCUAGUCAGUCCUAAAUCUCUCCCGAGUUCACACUUGAGUAGUAAGAUACCUGAGCAGAAGCCAGGCACCUGGAGAAGAGCUCACCCAGAGAGCAAUUAUAACUUUGUGGGUUCUGUCUGCAGUAAACCCUGCAGAGCUUUCAGUUAUGAGGCUUUCCCCCACCUCCUUGCAGCUUGGCUCCUUUCCAGGUGCUGAAAGAGGCCACUUUUCCGACUGCUUUGGAUUUUAAUCUCCGCAGCUGGUGUCUAAAGGCAAUAAAGAAAAAUUUGCCCCGUAACGUUUACAUGUAGGCCUUGCACCUCUUGCUCUGUACGCACAAACACUUUCUACAAAAGAAGCUCCUCUCAAAGCAGUGAAGCAGGAAGGGGAAAUGUGGCCCUCCAGAUGUUAUUGAACUUCAGCUCCCAUUAGCCAGCUGGGUCCAGUGCUCAGGGAGGGUGGGAAUUGUAGUCCAGGAACACGUAGAGCUGAGGUGAGACAUCUCUGGACCGUGAGCCUAAUUAGGCCUGACAGGGGUCCUGAAGCCACUUUUUCUAAACCACAUCUGAGGUAAUAUGUGACAUCAGUUGUGGGACAGGUAGAGACAUGGCCACAAAGGAACAAUCAGGACUUUAAAGCGGACUCCCAAUUGUUCCUUCUCACCUGCUUAUUCAGAAGGUUCCAGGUUCAAUCCCUGGCAUCUCUCGGUAGAGAUGGGAAGGUGCCCUGUCUGAAAGCCUAGAAAGCCACUACCAGUCAGCAGAAAUGAUACUGAGCUCCAGGGCUGGCUCAAGGCAUUUUUUUGGCUGCCUGAGGCAAAGUCCAAGAUUUAUUCCCCCGCAUUCCACAUACAGAAUCCAACCAGACUGGAAGAUGAAUCUUACUUUGACACAGGUGAUGGAAGAGCAUCCUUUACCAUACCCAAGGGCAACCGACUAGCUGGGGGAGCAAAGAGCAGGCUAGAUUAGGGGACUCAGAUAGAAUGGUGUGGUGGCUGCAGCCAGAAGCAUAGUGUGUGUAUGUGGGAGCUAUUGCCUCAGGCUCAAAAAAUUUUUAGGGAUGCACCUCUGCAGCUGCUGCCCUGACUGGAGGUGCUCCCUGUCCCACCUGCCCACCUCACCUGAGCAGCAUGCUGAGCAGGAGCUGGGAGGGGACAGGCCUUUGCAAACUUAUGUAUUACACAGGUACGCUCAUCAGGCAAGCAAGGAUUGACUGUGGCUCCCUGCUAAGUGUACAAUUAGGAGCAAGCUCAGAUUUGCUGCCCUGUGUUAUGUGGAAUGGGCCUGCUGUAUACUGAAUGUUUAAGUUGACUUGAGUGCCAGUCAAAAAGGGAAGCAGUCAAUUCACAAUACUUCUUUAGGGAAGGGGCAAAGCUCAGUGAAAGAGUUUAUGCAUUGCAUUCAGAAGCCCCCUAUGUGAUCACCAGCAUCUUGAGUUAAAUGGCAUUGCCACAGAGCUUUGUUGGAGACCUUGGAGAGCUGCUGCCAGUCAGUGUAGGUCUGAUUCAGUUUAAGGAGCUUAAUGUGUCCCCAAGGACAGAAAAGGGAUCCAGCACCCCUGCUUCCACAUAGCACAGGAACAUCCACCCAGCGUUGCUCCCAAUUGCUUUCCCCCAGUUGGUGGUUUCUUUCUGGCAGCCUGUUGCCUAGCUUACAAACUUGCCUCCUUCCGCCUUGCUGAGUGCCAAGAAACGUCUGUCCGUCCCCUGAGUGUUCGCUUGUUAAUGAAAAUCUUUUCCAUGGGUGACCCUGUGAUGUGGCGGGGUCUUGAAAGCAAGGUGGAAAUGUCAAAACUUUGCUGUAGCAAAAUCACCGCCUGGGUGAAGAAAAAACAAAACACAACAAAAAGCAAAGCGAGAAGUAAUAUAUCUUGAUCCCUUUUCUCCCAUAAAACCCUGGGAGGCUGGUGGAAGAAGCGGAAAGGCUGAGCUAAGCCUGCAGGAAAUUAAACAUGAAAUGAAAACAAGCUCAAGUUAUUCAGCUCUCUCAUCCCAGGCUCCAAUUUCCCAUUCCAGGCCACUGAUAAAAUGGUGUCCAGUUUCAGCGCUUAAAGAUGAAUUCUGGCUCUGUUCCUACAUUCAAGCAAGCCGCCGAGAGAAGCGCUCAUGGCCCUUCAUAAGAAAUAAGGAAGGCUUGAGCGGGGAGUGAAACAGACAAGGAAGAGGGGGAGGAGGUUGUGUGUGAGAGAGAGGUUGUGGAGAGGAUGAGCAAGAGACAGGGAUCAUGAGAAAGAGACAGACAACUGAAGCAAGGCACGUGGGUGGGUAGCUAUGAGAACCAGUGGUGGAUGCUAGGGAUAUGCUGUGAAUGGGAGUCUGAAAGGAGUCCAGAGCUACAGCUGUACAGCACAGCAAGAGUCCAGAUUGAAUCCCCUUCUAAAAUCAGUGCAACCAAUUUAUAUCCUAGGCAUACCAAACACAUUCUACAAGUGUGGAUCCUUAUGCAGCCCAAAUGGCACUGUCUGUGCAAAAGAGGGAGGCAUCAGGAAGUUUGGGGGAACCCCAAGUCUUAAAUGAAAACCUGUAGAAAAACUAGAGGUGGGACACCCCAAAAGAGCGCAAUGACCAUGCUCAGUGAGCCAGUGACCACAGAAUGACUUGGGUCAGGGAGGGCUGUAAAACCUAGGGGGUGGAAUGGAGUAGUCUGGAAAAGAUCCUGGCUAGCUACUGCCACACUGAACAGGAGCUCACUCCAUCUGGCAACCUUUUUUGCAAGUCCCAUUUGUGGAGCCCAUUCAGACAGAGCCAAUCCUACUGUUGGCCAGUAUGUAGGUAGCACAUCUUACAUGGCAUGUUUUGGUGUACCAUUAAAGGGCAUCAAAAUGCCACUGUGUGGGUUUUCGUCUUGUUGUAGUAGUAUUAUAUUUUCGCUAUCAUUUGUAUUUUGUGUCUCAGGCCCCAAAAUCUUUUCAGCCAUCUGUGCCUUGAUAUGACUUUUUCAUGCUGUGAUUUUCAUUCAGACCAUGCAGAGUUGUAUCCAUGCAGGUCUUGGUGUGCAUAACAUUUAAUAUUUGAUUACAACUGUUGCAUUUUUUGGCACUCAUUAUCAAGCACCCCACCCUGAUCUGCACAGCGUUCAAGUGUGCUGAUGGGCAGCUGCAUGGCUAUUGUCCAACUACAAACCAUGGUUACCACAAUUUGAGGCAAUAGUGUGAAUGAACUUUAUGUUCUGAGCAUGAUGGUUUCCUUAUUUACUUUGCCCAAGCAUAGGAGACAGGACUUGGAUUUGGGUCCCUGGGAGUUCUGAGCUCGCUGUGUUAUGGAUGAACCACAGAUAAUAACCCACAAUUCUAGAUUCAAAACAAGCCAUAUUGAUUAUGGAUUAAUUAAUGAGAAGUGUCAAAAUGUGGUGUCCCGAAAACGUUAGCAGAAACAGCCAGGGCCUGUCCAAUUUGUCAUAAGUCCUGAAGUGUUGCUGGGCUCAGUCAUGGAAUGGCAGGUAGAGAAACAUGGUAAGGGGAAGAGGCGGAUGAAAUUAGGUGGGGGGCUGAGACUGGUGAACAGAGGCUCCAACUGCGGAGGCAGAACAUAGACGUCAUGGCUAAUAGCCACCCUCUCUCUCCCUCUCUCUCUCUCUCUUUCAUGAAUUUUUCUAAUCCUCCUUUAAAGCCUACCAAGGGGAGAAGGAAAGUCCAGAAGAUUCUAUGGAAUCUUGUCUUUAUGUUGCAUGUUGGAUAUGUGAUUGUAAAACUGUAAUUUAAAAAACCAAAUAAAUAAAUAAAAUAAAUAAAUAAAGCCAACCAAGUUGACGGCCAUCACUUUCUCCCAUGGAACAAGUUCCAUGGUUUAACUAUGUACUGUGUGAAUAAGUACUUUCCUUUAUCUGUCCUGACCCUUCCAAAAUUCAGCUACAUUGGAUGUCCAUGAGUUCUAGUAUUUUGAAAAAGUUUAUAACUUUAUAAACCUUCAAUUCUGUCACCUAAGCCUUUUCUCUAAGCUUAAAAGUCCCAAACACUGCAACCUUUUAUUUAAGUAUAUGACUAGCUGACUAGUAAAGAAUACUAGGAGAUGAUAUGUACAUUCGUUUUAUUUCAUUUUCAUCAUAUUGACAAAACUAUUUUUUUCUAGUACAGGAAUAGAUCAGUAUAUAUCCACUAGCUUGUACUACUGUUGCAUAGGUUUGUUUAUUGGUCAAAUAUUACCAAUUCUUGAUGGGCAAAGCUGUGUCUACGCCCCAAUUCUACAUUGGUGCAGAAAGUGCACAGAAUCCUGGCCAUAGUUUCUUGAUGCAGAAUUUGAAUUUCUUUAGCAUUUGCCCUCCAGAACUUGCUAUCACUCCCUGAUCGUUGGCCGUGCUGGUUAAGUCUGAGGGGAGUUGUAAUAUGCCCAGUAAUAUGCCUGUAAGAAGAAUAACAAUUUAAGAAUGUUUUGAAAAUGAGAGGAAGAGAAGGCGAUUCAGGAUUCAGCACAAAAGGCCCAUCCCAAACAACCCCCAAGUGCAUACCUGGCAAGAGAACGGUGGCCAUUUUAGUUGCUGUGAUCUCCCACGAUUUUGCAGUGAGAUUUCCCUCAGAAAAAACACUUUUUGGGGGGGCCUGAUCUUGUGCUGUGCCUCAAAACACAUGUUUUUGGGCACUGUGCCCAAAAAAAGCACUUGCAGCACAAAAUCACGUGAGAUCACAACCAAAAUGGCCACCAUGCUCUCACGAUUAAAAACGGAGAGAAUGGCGUCCAGGAAAAUGGCUUCCCAGAUUUUGGCUUGAAAGCGUUGGAUGGUAUGCAGGCGUGGCAAACACUGAGCCUUGAAUGCAGCAGGGGAUAAAUAUCAUGACUGACUGAGCAUAUGUGACUGAGCAACAGCACAGAGCUUUCCAGUCUGUUUCCUGUGAAGCAAAGAUAGAAGAGGUGUAAACUGAAAGGGCCUUUGGCUAUAGAAGUGAGUGCUACCAACACUGCAUGCUUGAAGAUCCAUUGCUUUCUGGUGGAAGAAAUUGGACUUCAUAUAUUUGUAUUAAACACCAACACCAAAAUAAUAUUUAUACCCUGCCCAUCUGGCUGGGUUUCCCGAGCCACUCUGGGUGGCUCACAGCAUAUAUUGAAACAUACUAAGACAUCAAACAUUUUGGUUAUCAAAAUGGUUCAGAGGCAACACAACUUUCAGCCUUUUGCAUUAGAAUCCUUCAGGGGUCUUUUUGCACUCCAUCUCUCAACCACACAGUAGUCAGUCUCAUGUAUUCUGGAAAAUAAAGACCUGAAGACUGGUGUUUUUGGGUUGUUGUUUUUUAAGGAUUAUAAUAGAAGAGAGGAAUAGCUUAGGUUGUCUAAAAAUAUCACCCUAGAAAUCAUAGUGAUUAGGAUAUCUCUCUCAGUAGUAAGUGUUGUAAUCUUUUAAUCUGAGCAUUUGUACACAAUUUGCGAACAUUUGCAUUUCAUUAUAUCAUGUUUUAAAGCUUUUUCUGGAGCCAAGAGGUAGUAGGGAUCCCACCACACUCGUCUCAAAUGGUUCCAGUUAGGAUUUUUUUAAAAAAAAAAUCCACCCAGAUGUUGUGGGUGUUUUUAGUUUGGUACAAUUGCUCAACUGUGGACAAUUUUCAUGAUUUCAUAUCAGCUACUGCUUAGUUUUUAAAACCUUUAGAAGCAGAAAUCUAUUAUUAUUAUUAUUAUUAUUUAUUAUUAUUUCUUGUUCUGUUAUCCCCUGCUAUUUAAAAAUAACCCAGUUUGGUGCAUGAUAAAAUGGCAUGCCCUAGCAAUAAAGGAUGAAGCACGAAUAAGCAAAAAGAGAAGGGAUUUGAGGGAGAGGAGCACAGAGUUUCACUGUUGGAGCAUCAGGAAACCAAUGUACAGGUUGAAGCCCAAAAGGGCACAAGUGAUGCUCUUCUGCUGGUCCUGAAAUUCACCUCUAGUCCCACUGGUGGCAAGCCAGCUGCCAUUGGUAAUGGUGGCUGGUGGCCACUGUGGCUAGAAGGGUGGGUGGCAGGGAGACCAACCAGUAGAUGGGGCCAGUUGACAGGUUGUCUGUAAGAAGGCAGGUAGCUUGGGGUUGACUGAGGGCAGAUUGAGGCUGGUGGAGCAGCACUCCAUUUGCCACCAUGAACCAGCCUUUGCUGACUUUAGCACAAAGGAUGGGUGUGCUCUACCCAGUCUGAUCUGUAAAUUUAAUCGUAGGUCAGGCCUCUAAUCUGAUGGCCUCAGGGCAUUGGCAAACGCUUAAUGAUGCCAUCGGCCACAUGUCACGACCUUGAGUCCUCUGAGGAUCACACCCAGUUUGCUUCCACUUGACAUAGCACAGCCCAUGCCAAAGGGGCAUACUGGAUUCACCACACCAAGGAAUUAGAGGCUACUGGGAAGACUGGGUUCCUUUAUUGCACGUUUUCUGAGAUGUGUAGACUUAAAAGAAACAAAAACCAAGUUACAAAUAAACAAGCCCCUAUUUCCAAAAUGCAGCAAAAAACAAACAUAUUAUCAAAUUUUACUGUAGUUCAUAAACCUGAAUAAUUUGGCCCUAAUGUGUUGGCUGUUUCUCCUCCUCCCUGCAGACACACCCAUUUUACAUAAAAGCACACUUUAAGACAAGUGUGGGGCAUAUGCUUUCAAAUCCUUGAUGACCAACUGCUCCCAACAGUAGCAGCAAGUUGGAGGGAGGUUGUUCCUGGCAGGGAGGCAGAACUGGAUGGCUCAGGUAUUUGAGACUCUGGUCUUUCAAGGGGAGCCCUCUUGAAGUUCCACAAUUCACCGACUUCAAAAUGCGUUGAGCCCACAGCCCCGCUUAGGGUCCCUCCUGUUCAUUUUGCUGAGCAGGGCCCUGAAUGCACCCCUCUUCUACUUUCUCAGGAGUUUGUUAGUCAAAAUGCCGGCUCCUGAAAUGCCUGCCCCUUCAGAAAUGUAAAACAGUAUCUUGGUUCCCUCUCAACUCAACUAAUUCAACAGCGUAGGGUCAGCUUCAUUCCUCUGAAGGCUUUAACCUGCCCGUAUGAAAACGGCUUUGAUUUCUGGGCUCCGACACACGUUGCCAGCACAACCCUCCCCUUAGAAAUCAUCUGUCAAGGUUUCUCCUUGCCCCGGGGCACCCCUAGGCGCUCCAGAACAGUUGCACGGUGCACAUCAUCUAUAUUCACAAGCAGCAUAGCGAACGCUUCACCAUGACAGAAAGAAAUGCGUUUGCCGUGUCUGGGGAUGGACACAUGUGCGGAACAUAUGUUCUGCUAGCAGCUUAUGGCACCCUCUCUACCUGCUACCCACUCCUCUUCGCACAGCAGGGUCACCCUGUGGACUCGGCAUCUGCAGAUCAAAGAUACGUCGGCUGACCAAGCCUGUGACUGGCUGCCAGCUGGGCUGCUUAUGGGAGGGGUCAUAUCAGCAUGUGGGGAAGGCAAAACAAGACUGCGAGGGUGAUGAAUAUACCCGGUUGCAAUGCUGUAUUCUCAAUACCUGAGUGCAAGUGGUAUGUCAACAAUGAUGUCGCCCUGUCUGUCUCUAGUCCCCUCUCCUAACAUGCACACACUAUGGUUCUGCAGCCUCUCUGCGGUUCCCUGUAGGGAUUGCCUCAGUGGUACCAGUAAGUCAGGACUUUGGGUCAGAACCCCAGGGAAUGUGCUGCAAGGCCCCUCAAAAGCAACAGGGUUGCCUUCCUACAUCUUGAAGUCAGCGAAGUAAUACACAUAACCAUCUAAAAAAGGGUUCACCCUGUAAGACCGUUAAGGCCAGAGUCUAAAAUUACCUAACUGCACCGCUGGGGAUUGUCUUUUUUUUUUUUGCAGAUUGCAGGUCAGCAAAAAUAACUCCAAAGGCUGCAGCUGGCAGACGCCCAUGCAGACACGGUUUCAGUCAUUUCACAUAAAUGAGUGAUUGCUUUGCUUCUGCUGCUGCUGCUGCUUGGAUGAGAUACAAACCAUCCUGGAGCCACAUGGGGAGGAAACCUCCAGGUCACUGAGAAUCUCCUUGCCAGGCCUAAGCAGACAGAGAGAAAUCUCCUAUUGGAGAUCAAAGUGAGAUGCUGGCAAGACUGACUCCUGCAGUUUACAAGGGAAGUCAGACUUUAAGGAGAGGGGUGAGAACAGAAGAGACGUAGACAGAGAGGGAAGAAUAUUGCCAUCCACUUUUGCUCUCCUCCUUCUUGAGAGGCUUAGUGAGUGACUACACAUAUACACAAAAUGACGAUAAAAAUUCAAUUAAACACAUUUAACCUGUGGCAAAACAUGAAUGCAUUUGUAUAAAUGCAAGCAGAUGACACCCCAGCAAGCAGCUGUAGGUAGAAUCAAUUCAGUUGUGAGCCCCCUUUAGAUAAUUUUACUUCUUUGCUAUGCUGUUCAAUCCUCCUUCAGUUUUAUUGAAGGGAAUAGAUGAGGGACACAGGUCAGCCAAAUACAGUUAAUGUAAACCAGUUUGUAGAAAUGUUCCUUUGGAAAGCACAAUAUUCUAGUUCCUGAUUAUUAUAUUUUAAGAAAGGAAGAAAUUUAUUUUAAAGAUUUGGUUAAUAACUGCAUCAUCCCUUGCAAAAGAGCAGAACUGCAUAUUACAUGGUGGAUACAUGAGCCAUUUAAAACAUAGCAAAAAGUUUAAAAAUUAACCACGUGGCAUAGUCAGUUUUCAUAAACAGGCAAAAACGAUGGCAACUGAUUGUGAUUCUGCUUUAAUUAUUGAUAGUUUUGUCUUUUUGUGACAGUGUACUGCUGAUUAAUAUUAUGGCAGCAUCACUGUCUUCUUAGAAUAGAAUAUUGAACUUUAAGAUCUUCCAAGAAAAAAUAAUAAUUGAGGACUGAAUAGAUAACUAGGUUUCUGGAGUUCAUCCACAGAUCAGACACCAUUUAAUCACUUUUUAGUGACAGGGAUUAUGUGAAUAUUACUGACUUAAAAUGCAGAUAGGUCACUGUUUUUCUCAAUUUGGAUUGAAACUGGUUUGAGCAGAAAGCACAUCAAAAUGCAGUGUUUCCUAAGUAAUGACAGGAUAGAUACAGAAUAUAUCCAGAUUAUGGCCAAUAUCAUAUGUGCACCGCUUCUUAAACCAGUGGUGGCCUUUGGGCUCUCAAAUUUCAGUGGUGCUCUGUGCGAUGCUAAAAUUUGGUGCCUUCUCACCUCCCGCUCUCCAUUCUGCAACUUUGUUGUGGCGCUAGCUGUACUACUCUAAAACCGCCUCUGCCCAAACCCACAAUGGGAGCGCACUGGAUGCUGAGUCAACAGGAAGGUUUACACAGCCUUAGUUGGUUGUCUCACAUCAUGCCCAUAGCACUUUGAUAUCCCUGGGCUCAUAGUUGUUCCCCUGUGAGUUGUGACCAAAUCUUGCUUAGUUAAAUGCACCAUUUAUACUUUGGGUACAUCUUUUUUAAAACUUUACCUUGUAAAACAGUUCCCAUCUCUCUCCCUCCCCCCACCUCUCCUCAAUUCUAGUUGUUUUCAUUUUGUCUUGCAUAUGUUGUAGAACCCUGCUGUUUGGUGCUGUUUUACAAGAUUAAUAUUAAGAUUUUGUUUGAGCUUCAAAAGUAUGAACAAAGCUUCAAAACUCCCAUUGGGGGAAAGAAGAAGAUAGUGAAGCACUGGACCCAUAGUGAAUUAGAUUAAUCUAUGCAUUUCCUUGUGUUGGCCAUGCAUCUCACUGUAAAUAUAAAAUUCAAUAAUUUUAAAUAAAUUAGCCUUGUUUGGCACCUCCACAAGCAACCAAGUUACAUGUUGUGUUAAUAGCAGGCUUUUUCUAGACUGUAUCAGUGCCAGGUUACAGCUGCUAUGGGCUAAAUAUUUUUAGAGUACAGUGGUACCUCGGUUUAAGAACAGUUCAGUUUAAGAACGAUUUGGUUUACAAACUCCGCAAAACCGGAAAUAGUCUCUUGGUUUGAGAACUUUACCUUGGUCUAAGAACAGAAUCCGAACGGUGGAAGGGCACCAGCGACAGGAGGCCUCAUUAGGGAAAGCACACCUCAGUUUAAGAACAGUUUUGGUUUAAGUACAGACUUCCGGAACGGAUUAAGUUCAUAAACCAAGGUACCAGUGUGGUGUUGUUGUUGUCAUUAAAUUUAUAAUUCUGCCUUUCACCAAAUCAUUGCACAUUUAAUAUAUGUCCCCUCUGUUUGUGAUAUAAGAAUAAAGAGCUUAACAGAACAAUUCUAUAGAUGUGUAUUUGGAAGUCAGGCUUAGGCGUGAGUUCAAUGGGACUUGCUUCUAGGUAAGUGGAUAAGUGAAUAACCCUAUAGUUCUGGAAGAGUGUCCCAGGCACAUUGGGAUAUAUUGGUUCUUCCUCUCCCAUGUCAGUGAUGGAGCUCCUGCACUGGAUAAAGAUAUUCUGUACUGGACUCCCCCUCCCCCCCCCCCGGCAUAAUGGAAACCUCCAACAACCUGACCUGACAGGACUUUGGGGCUCUGAUAUCAGUGGGGCCCAAAAGGGUAUGUGUUGGUGGACUUUCAGAGCUGUUUCUCCUCACAGUAGGCAGAUUAAGAAAGCAGGUGAAAGAACUGAUGGAGAAACAAACAGAUAGCACAGCAUCUUCCGUUUGUAUGCUCAGAAAAGUUAGAGGGACUCGGAAUCCAUCUAAGGCAGCACAAUGCCUUGGGUCAGCCUUGCAAGUGGCACUGGCCAGGUCUGUUUGGGCCUUGCAUGGUCCACGUCUAUGGGCAGACUAAGGCUGAGAGAACAUGGCUUGCCUUAGUGAAUUGGUGACAGAGAUCAGAUUUGAACCGGGGUCGUUCCCAAUUUGUAGCUCAGCAUUCUGCUAGACCUGCUCUUGGAAAUGUGCAGAAUAAAUAGGAAGGAGAUGGUAAGGAACUUCUCUGACAACUCAAAAGUCAUUGUGUCCUGAUAUAGAGAUACAAUGUAGGAUGAUUACCUGUCACUUAAAGACAAUGAAGCUCUCAUACCAGAAAAAUGGACCAGAAGAGAGAGGAACAGCUAGUUUUGUUCAAUAUACAGUGGUACCUCGGUCUAUGAACAGCCUGUUAAUGAACUAUUCGGUGAACAAAUUCCACAAAACCAGAAGUAGCUGUUCCAGUUAGCGAACUUUGCCCCAGGAGACGAACGGAAUCCGAAUGGUGGAAGGACACUGGCAGCAGGAGGCCUCAUUAGGGAAAGUGCACCUCAGUUUAAGAACGGCUUUGGUUUAAGAAUGGACUUCCGGAACGGAUUAGGUUCAUAAACUGAGGUACCACUGUAAUUAUGUUGGUGUUCAAAUUAACCAAAGGUGCAUGAGCAGUUAUUUGUGAGCAACGUACAAUACAAAUAUAGCUUAAAUGAAAGCACCUGUGUGUGAUUCUGCUGAGAUAAGCACCCAAAUGUGGGAUUUAGGUUCCAUAUUAAAAGACCCUCUCAGCCUGCUUCUUGGCCAGCAACGUUCAACUACUACAUAGAAGGUAAUAGCACUGAUAUCAGUGUUGCCACUUUAGGAAGGUCUAAAAUAUGGGAUGGGUAUACAAUGACAACCCAAGCAGAAUUCUAUUUUUCAAUAUUUUACAACUUGGGGUGGCCUGGAGGAGGCAAUUGUUCACCUCCAGUCGCAGAAGAUGUACUGAGAUCCUGUCCCAUUCCUUCCUUUCCUGAAGUGCUUUUCAACCUGUGCUUUUCUUCUCAGGUUUGGUUUCAGAACAGACGGGCAAAAUGGAGGAAGCGAGAGCGGUUUGGUCAAAUGCAGCAGGUCCGCACCCACUUCUCCACAGCCUAUGAGCUCCCCUUACUAACUCGAGCAGAGAACUAUGCCCAGGUGAGUGUCUGCACACCUGUCUCUUUAACAUUAAGGGUGGCAUUCAACUAAGCUUCACUCAUUAAUGAAAUUAAUGAACAUGACUCAGUCAGGUCCAUUAAUUUCAUCAGGUCUGCCCAGAGUCAAUGUUGAAUACCACCCUAAGGCCCUGCCUUCAGUCAGUUGGGAUAUGGUAGGAUGAGACAAGUGAUUCAAGGUUCAAGGAACUGAUACGGUGUUAAAAACCUUUGCCUCUGUAACAGUUGUGAAACUUACCCUCACAUUUCAAAGAUAGGAAAUAAAUACAUAGCAUGUACUUUGUUGCCUGUAUAACCUGGAGAAAUUUGGAAGUGGCUUGUAAAAUCUGCCAUCCAUUUGUAAUUCUGUGCACAUUUUUGGGGGAGUAAGCCCCAUUGAGUUCCUUCAGAGCAAACAGGCAUAUGCCCAGGAAGGAAAGUGGCAGAAGAAGAACGAGUUAACCUUCUCCGCUUUACAUCCUGGGGUCCAAGGGAAAUUCUCUCCGCCUCCCACUUGUUGGAAACACAGACAAGGUUGCUCAUCUUGCCCUUGCUCAUCUCCUCCCACCUCAUAACAAAAGAUGCUUUAGCUCUUCAGCCUUUCCUGGUGGGGAAGGGUCUCCAGGCUUUCAGUUGCCCCUUUCUGUACUUUCCCCAGCUCCAUGAUGAUCCUUCUUCGAGGUGGGGGUCAACCAGACCUGUACAUGAUAUUCAAAAUGUGGCAGAACCAUAAAUUUAAACGAUGGCAUUUUUACUCUGGCUAUCUUGCGUCCCCUGCUUUCAUCACCUCCGAAUGUUACGGCCUCGUCUCCCCCACUAUACCUGCCACAGAGAUGUAGUCUGCCGGAGGUAAAAGGUCAGGCUUGGAGCCAGAGCUGAAUGGCGCUGGAAGGCUGUGGAAUGCAGGCCUUUCAGAGACAGGCAUUUUCCUACUUUCCAUCUGGAUCCUCUCCUGUUGCAUUCUUUCAUCUCACAUUCUCCCCCCCAAUACACCUCCCCUCCCCACCUCCCAGGGGCCUCCUGCUGGUAAAAGUCAUUCUUCGCUCUCUGCUUUGGUAGGAUCAUUUUGGUUUCAGCAUCCUAGAUAAUCCUAGAUAAUGUGCUUGUUGUUGUCAUUGCAAUUUUUCUCUCUCACACUAAGCAAAAGGGGGGAGCUCAGAGGCAGAGUGUCUUUAAUUGCAGAAUGCCCCAGAAACAAUUCCCAGAAAUGCCUCGAUUUAAGAACUGGCCAACUGUCUGCCUAGCCCAGGAUCACCUGCCCAAACUGGCAGAGCUGUUGUUGGGGAAGACAGGUAAGUCCUGGGCUAGACAGACAAUUCAUCAGAAGGCUGAGUUUUCUAAGGGUUCCCACCCCUCUUUUUUGAUCAAGGCUCUGUGCCUUUCAUGACCGAAUGACAGAAUUUCAAUAUGAAUUAAUUAACAGUGUCUUCAAGCACAGGGUUUUCUAUUCCUUGGCUUUUCCCAAAAGCAGAAUAGCACAGUGGAUAGAGCAUAUGAGAUGUGAAAAUUGGCAUGAGGUGGCCAAUUUAUGAUCUGAAAAUAAUAAUAAUAAUAAAUAAACUCAAGGAUGUGAAAACCUCAAGAAGAAAACAAGAGCACCAACGGCCACCAGCACUAUCAAUCAAUGUAAUGAGAGACAUGUGCUCUUCGCAGAUGAGAUGCCUACACUACUUUGAGAAGGAAUUGGCUUGAUUCAAUACAGAACACCUUAAUACUCGGACCUCUCCCUGUCCACACAUCUUUUCCACUUUGAGAACCAAGGGAUAAACCAGUGCUCAUUAACUGAUCUUUUCCUUCCUUCUCCACCAUCUCAGAUCCAGAAUCCAUCCUGGAUUGGCAACAACGGUGCUGCCUCCCCCGUCCCUGCCUGCGUCGUGCCUUGUGACUCAGUGCCUUCCUGCAUGUCUCCCCACACCCAUCCCCACACAACCGGAGGGGUCUCCGAAUUCCUGAGCGUCUCUGGUCCCGGCAGCCACGUGGGACAGACUCACAUGGGGAGCCUCUUCGGCGGCGCAGCCAUCAGCCCCGGCAUCAACGGUUACGAGCUGAACGGCGAGCCCGACCGCAAGUCCUCCAGCAUCGCUGCCCUGCGGAUGAAAGCCAAGGAGCACAGCGCUGCCAUAUCGUGGGCGACAUGA